AUGACAACUUCAAAAGAAUCUCCAUCUCUAUCUUCAUCCUCCUCCCUCGAUUUCAUCAUAUGCUCAACCUGCGGCACGCAAUUCCCCUCUCCAACCCCACCACCCAACUGCAAGAUCUGCGACGACCCACGCCAAUUCAUCCCUCCCACGGGCCAAGGAUGGACCACCCUCCGCACCCUCCGCAACAACAACAACAACAACAGCAAUGCACCACCAAAAUAUCACAACGAAUUCCACCCCAUGGCCCCAACCCACCCAAACCUAAUCGCCAUCCACACCGUCCCCAAACUCGCCAUCGGCCACCGCGCCUUCCUCUGCCGUACUCCCCACGGCAAUAUCCUAUGGGACUGCAUCCCGUUCCUGGAUGAGGCCACCAUCGAAAAGAUCCACGCGCUCGGCGGCCUCCGCGCCAUCGUCAUCUCGCAUCCGCAUUACUACGCCUCGCACCUGGAGUGGGCGGCUACGUUUCGGUGUCGGGUUUUCUUGGCGGCUGAGGAUGAGGAGUGGGUUGUUCGGAGGGAGGAGGGGCAGGUUUUUUGGGAGGGCAAGGGGUUGGGGAUUUCGGAUUUAGUGGGGGAUGAGGGUGCUGCGCUUGCCGAUGGUCCUUCUGGGAUUGAGGAUGGGGAGGACGAGCUGCAGGUCAUCAAGACGGGCGGCCAUUUCCCCGGCAGCGCGGUGCUGUGGUGGCGUGCGCAGCGCACCCUGUUGAUCGCUGAUACUAUCGGCACUGUGCCUAGUGGGAUCUAUCAUGUCGAUCGGGUGCCGGGGACCGCGUCGUUUACUUUCAUGUGGUCUUAUCCUAAUAUGAUUCCCUUGCCCCCGGAUGAGGUCCUCCAGAUCUGGAAGGCUAUCAAGCAUGCGGACUUCGACUCCACCUACGGCGCGUUUGUGGGCAUGCACACCCACGGCGAAAGCAAGAAGCGCAUUCUCGAGAGUGCGCAGAUCUUCGUCAGGGCCAUGGGCUACGUGGAUCAUGCCAUUCAUCUGGAAGACUGUCCUUGAUUGUGGAGGUAUAAGGUAUACUGUACACUGACUGCGUUCGCCUCCCCACCCUGUCACUGUAUAUUCAUAUAAAGUCCCAAUGUCCCGCCUCGCGAUGCUUUCGCUCAGGAAACGGAAGCAAUG